AUGACCACGAGAACAAUAGACCAUCGCUCAUAUGCACAAGCUAUGGGGAUUCAAAAGGAGACUUAUCCAGUAAGUAACCCUCCUAUUAAACCCAACUCUAACACACAGAUGAACGAGUGGCUGAAGAAAAAGACUUUGGCCGGUGAAGCUCACAGUCUAGACCACAUUAGUAACCUCUUGGCCACCUUGUUAAUGAACGAUGACACGAAAUACUUGGUAGGAUUAACCAUGGAUUUAGGAUUCGGUAACUCGGUGGAUGCUAGAGAGUUCCUAGAAGAUAACAACAGAUGGAAAGACUGGUUCAAGUGGUUGAUUCUAGCAUAUCAAAAGGAGAUGCCAUAUGAAAAAACUGCAUGGCUCAAAAUUCUUGGAUUACCAUUAAGAUUGUUUGAUGAUGAUAACUUUUCCAAGAUUGCUGGUAGAUUCGGAAAAGUAAUAUCCCCCUUCGACAAGAUUAGCAUGAGAAGAGAUUACUCCAUGGGUAAGGUGGGAGUCCUAAAGUCUCAAAGAAAGUGGAUAAACGAAGAAAUAACUAUCAUGUUAGACGAGAAUUAUUACAAGCUCAGUGUAGUAGAAUAUACGGAUGACUGGUCCCCAUUCCACCCGCUGUUGUUUGACAAAGUGGAAGAAGAUUCUGACGAAGACGAGAUAGGCUUGUCUGAGGAGGAAUAUGAUGAAUACGAAGGUGCCUCAGACACUUGGAUGGGGGAUACUACAGAGGUAGAAGAAGGGGAAAUUGUACCGGAUCAUGUGAACCCAAGCAUAUCGGAGAUACCAACACAACCUGUUACGCACUAG